UCUCCCUCGUACACACAUACAACUCGAAACUAAUGGCUUGUAACAUGCGAACUCGUGAUCUUCUUACAGGACACUUGAUCGUUAAGAGAAGAACUGGCGAUUCCUCGGUGGUUCGUGCAGUAGUUGUUGAUCGCAACAUACUGGUUAAGAACACCCCGGGGUCGAGCAAUUUGAUCAUGAAGACAUUGACAAAGCCGCAGGUUGAAACUGUCGACAUGGAUGUCAGUAAAGGAAGAUUUGGGAGGUUUGGUGGGAAGUACGUGCCAGAGUCAUUGAUCACUUGUUUGGCCGAGCUUGAAGCUGAAUUCAACUCGGCUCUACGUGAUACUGCCUUUCAGGCAGAGCUUGCAACAGCGCUAAGAGACUACGUUGGGAGGGAGACGCCUCUAUACUUUGCGGAGCGGCUCACGAAUUACUACAAGAAUAGUAAAGGAGAAGGGCCAGAGAUAUACCUAAAAAGGGAGGAUCUCAGCCAUGGUGGAGCACACAAGAUCAACAACGCCAUCGCUCAGGCAAUGAUUGCCAAACGCAUGGGCCGGAAAUGUGUCGUGGCGGCCACCGGUGCCGGGCAGCAUGGUGUCGCAACCGCUGCUGCAUGUGCCAAACUUGGUUUGGAGUGCACCAUCUUCAUGGGCACCAAAGAUAUGCAGAAACAGUCUUCUAAUCUGCGCUUGAUGAAGCUUCUGGGUGCUACGGUUGAAUCCGUUGACGGAAAUUUUAAGGAUGCAAGCUCCGAGGCGCUCCGGGAUUGGAUGGGAACCAUGGAAAGUAGCUACUACCUGACAGGAACAGUGGUCGGGCCCCAUCCACAUCCAAGCAUGGUCCGGGAAUUCCAAUCAGUGAUCGGAAAAGAGACAAGGAGGCAGGCAAUGGAGAGGUGGGGUCACAAGCCUGAGGUGUUGCUUGCCUGUGUAGGGAGUGGCUCCAAUGCAUUGGGUUUGUUCCAUGAAUUUGUUAAAGAUAAGGAUGUGAGGUUGAUUGGAGUUGAAGGUGCUGGGUUUGGCCUGGAGAGUGGCAGCCAUUCUGCCACUCUGGCUAGAGGUGAUGUAGGAGUUUAUCAUGGAGCCUUGAGCUAUUUGUUGCAAGACGAGGAAGGCCAAAUUGUUGAACCACACUCUAUUGGUGUAGGGCUUGAGUAUCCUGGAGUUAGCCCAGAGCUGAGUUAUCUUAAAGACACAGGACGUGCAGAGUUCUACACUGCCACAGAUCAGGAAGCUCUAGAUGCAUACCAACUGUUAUGCAGAUUGGAAGGCAUAAUUCCAGCAUUGGAGGCCUCUCAUGCAUUGGCGUUUCUUAAUAAACUCUGCCCUACUUUGCCAGAUGGCACAAAGGUUGUAGUAAAUUGCAGUGGCCGUGGAGAUAAGGAUGUCGAGAUGCUCUUCAAUCACAAAUUUCACUCAAUGUAGCUAGCCUGUUCCCAAUACUUGCAAAUGUAUGCAACAAAAAAAUUAAAAAAAUAUGAAUAAUUAGGAACAUAUGUUUUAGAGCUUAGAAAAUCUGAAUAAUUAGGUAUGUUUUAGUGCUAGAAAUGCUUGGAAGUAGUUCAUACAGCACCGUAGUAAGAAGUCUCGAUUGAUAUCAUCACUUUCAGAUAAUGUAAGUGCUUUAAUUCAAUCUCUCUAGUGCCCUGAUCCCAGAUAUGUUUGAGAGAGAGAGAGAGAGAGAGAGAGAGAGAGAGAGCCAAACAGGGAAGAGAUGCAAAAGGUGCUUGAAAACAAAUUCAUUCAACUUAAUAAAAGAGCAAGUACAUUUGUUUAUAUGGGAAGAGAAAAAGCUCUUCAAAUGUAACAGUUCCAUGUGACAAUAACACCCUAAACAAAACCCUACACAACCCCACUAAAAUAGAAAAGAAUUAUUAAUUGCAUUAUAAAGAACCUAAAACCAAAUCCAGGAACGAAAAAAAAAAAAAAGAUGAAGGCUCGAAGCCUAUAGGUGGUCUCAACCAUGA